AUGUCUAACGAUCACAUGUCCUCGAGUGACGAUGUCAUCGUCAGCCUCAGUUUCCCGAUCUCCGAUAAUACUUAUCCUGAGCGUCGCAUCACACUCAACGCGGCCAGGCCUUCCAUCCCAGUUGGCCGUACCAGCAAGAGAGUGGCCAACCUAUCUGCUGCCCUUGACAACGCCUGGCUUGAAAGCCCCGUGAUAAGCCGCGAGCAUGCCGAGAUCUUUCUCGUUCCAGACCCAAAGAAGGCUGUCUACAUCAAGGAUCGUCACUCGAGACACGGUACUUUCGUUAACAAAGACCGCGUCUAUCCCGAUACCCCUGUCCAACUUCACCAAGGUGAUUUCGUCAGAUUUGGUAUCGAUAUACAACGUGACCAAGGUCUCUAUCCCCCGCCCUCUGCUUCCAUCGACAUUCAGUUCGUCAAUGGAGCGGAUCACAACACCACAGGCACUCAUACCCCUGUUGAUCGCUCAGUCGGUUACCGCGUUCCUGAGACUUCUGACGACAGUGAUGGCUUUGACAGCGACGAUUGUGACGAUGAGGACCGCAACGCGGUACACAGCGCCGUCGCAAACCUUCGAGCUGCCGGAGAGCAACGGGCACCGAAGCAGGACACUGCUGUCAUCCCUCCAACAACUCCUGCAGUAACGCCUGGCGCUGUGCCGUCCAAAACCAGCAUCAGCGCCGAAAUCAUCGACCUUGACCAUUACGAGCCUAAGGGUGAAACUGUCAUCGAUCUGACGAGAGCCUCCAAUUCAGAGCAUUGGCCCACGGUCUCUAAACCAGCUCCUUGCGCUGGCGCUGUCACUGAAGUUCUUGACCUUGAUUGUGACGACGAGGGCAAAGAAAAUGCGCAUCUUCCUAUGGAACCAGAGCCAGCUCAUCCGGUCGAUCACUCCCACCAACCUAUCCGUUUUGACACGAGCGAUUCGGAACAAGAGUCGUCAAAUGAUGAUACUCAACUCGAUGACGAGGACGAGGACGAGGACGACUUUGAGGCCGAGUCGAGUGAUUCGAUCAGCAGCGAGGAUGAAUCCAUAUCGGAAAUCGAUGAGUAUGAAGAUAAUUACGAAGAAGCAUCCAUUGCCAUGGAAGAUGUCACCAAAACGCAAAGCCCAUUAACGCCAGGCUGGGGUCACUACCCAGAACCAUCACGAUCAGUUGAGGAAUACAAUGAAGUUGGAUUCCUUCCUGCAAUCGAGUCCGAGAAACCGCAAGUUCCUACAUCGCCGCCAGAACAGCAGUGGAUGCUUCCACCCUUGCAACAAGUCCUGGGCUCCAACGGGAUGAGCAUGUCCACCAUGCCAACCAUGAUUCUUGCGGCCCCCCAACGUACAAUCUUUGUUUCGGCUUCUGCCACAAAUCCUCAAAGCAUUGACAAGUCACGUAAACUCCCGCCCUGGCGAGAGGCAGCUGUCAACCUACAGCCGGAACGCCGGGGCCAGUCAUUCAGCACUUGGCGGUCCGAGAACGAAGACUUCCUUCAGGCGCGAGAGUCGAACAAGCAAGAGCUUUGUCGACGCCUAUCGGUCUCCAAGACAGAGCUGCCCGAACCGAGUACGACUCUUCUGUCGACGCCAACAACAGAGCCUGCUUUGUCGGGUAAUCCCAAGUCUGAGAACGAAUCGACGGCUGCAUGCGAGCCUGUAACACCAACAGACGAAACCAAGGACUCUCUCGAUCUUGCACCAUGUUCUAGAAAUUUGACGGCGCAGCCAUCUCCACCCGCUGAAGCCAUGUGGAUUGAUUCCGGCGACAGGUUCCUCACUGGCCCCCCAAAUGAUCCCAUCAUCGCCGACGCUCGCACUAGUCCUGAGCUGGAUAUGACUAGCGCUUGGUCUUUCAACCAAAGCAAAAUGGCUGCAGCUACGACGGAGCCCGACAGCAACAUACAAGCUUCAGAUACUGUGGUUGAGUCGCAAGUCAUCAGUGCACCUGUCAAAAUUAGCGAGCAGCUGCGAUCUCGGACCUCUGCGAAGCGCAAGGCUUCUGACAUUUCGUGUGUUGUGCUCGGAGAGGAGGCGGUGGAGGCGGCUCUCAACGAUGCCACCAAUGGUGAUGAGCUUGCAGCCAGAGCGCCUUCUGCGUCUCUGAGCAGUGGUGACCCAACAGCCUCAGCUUCCUCAGAGACAACAAAGUCCAAGCAAAGGUGCAGCUUUGGUGUACACGAGCAUGACUGUGACCGCCCGUCCAAGCGAUUUAGACGCAUCGCUGAGGCAGCAAGUCUUGUCGCCCUUGGCGGCGCAGCUGCAGGCGUGGCAUUUAUUACCACACUCAUCGCAACGGCUCCUGCCCUUUGAAGGGCGUCGAGGCUUUCGGAGCUAUGCAUUCUUCUUGCUUUCGCUGUUGGUCAGGAACUUCUCCAACAUCCAGGAUGGUUCAUGUUAAGGGAAGGGUCUCGUCUGAUUUGUGGCAGGCGUUCAGAGGGAAUGGUGCGUUUGCUUUUUAGUCUUGACUUUUCCAGGAAGGCUGGCUUUGGAGACGCAAUAAUGACUUGGUGGGUCAGACGUCUUUCAUUCUUCUUAGCUCACUCUAGGGAAGGUAGUCGACAGUGAAUCAGGAUUUCUCCACG